AUGUCGAUAUCCUAUGAUUUAGAAGCCUUAGAAAGCAUAUAUCGAAGUCUCAGAGAUAUUCCAAACGAAGAACCUCCCAAAUUUGUCAAUUUGAAAAGCAAGGCUGAUGUGAAUGAAGAUUCAACUUCAACCCGAGAAGAAAUUGCCAGGAAAUUUCUCACACCUUCCAACGUUCUUCCAUGGCAGCUGCUCAAUAUUUUGCAAGUGGUACCUGCGAAUACCUUUCACACUGACAAUGAGCAUGUUGAUGAUGAUGGUUUCGACUACAGAAGCCUUCUCGAAAUUCCCGAAUACAUAGACAGAACGUGCUUGCAGUUUAGAAGAGUAGGCCUAGAGGGUAAGAUUUACGAUUAUAAAGAGACUGUCAACUUGACCGACGUCGCGAACGCCAAUGCUUCGAAUUCGCUCUCGCUCUCAAGAAGGGUGAAUCAGGAUACGAAUUCAGUGAGGGGAACCACAGGCCAACUGCCUUUCGCACCCGGCGGUCUCACAAUGUCCGCCAUCAAUCACACAGCGGAGCCCUCAAGCAUCUCUGCAGCCACUAAGCUUCUUCACAGAGACGACGAGGGCUUAUUUGACGUUCCACCGGGUUUAGAACGCGGCAUCACACCUUCUAUGGCUGAACAUUUAAAGAGCAGUGAGAUCAAUGAGGUUAGGCGUCUUGACGUAAUUGACGAUGGAGGUAAAAAUGCUCAGGAACUGGCUGAUAGACGCGUUGAAGAUGAGCAGGUGGUCGAGGAAGAAGCGUCUAAGCUCCUCUCGGCAUCUGAGUCCAAAGUCGCAGCACCAGAGGCAGACAUCGAUGACUUGCUUCCUGUAGGAAUCGAUUUUGGCAGAACGAUUCGCCGUCCUGACGACAUGUUGGCUAGAAAAGAAUGGGCACAUGUCAUUGAUUUGAACCAUAAAAUUGAGAAUUUUGAUGAACUGAUACCCAAUCCAGCCCGAAAAUGGCCCUUCGAGCUCGAUGUUUUUCAAAAGGAAGCUGUUUACCAUCUUGAGCAAGGUGACUCGGUGUUUGUAGCUGCGCACACCUCAGCCGGCAAAACGGUGGUAGCUGAAUACGCGAUAGCUAUGUCUAAGAGAAACAUGACAAAAACAAUUUACACGUCUCCGAUAAAGGCCUUGUCGAAUCAGAAGUUCCGUGAUUUUCAAGAGACUUUUGAUGAUGUAGACAUUGGGCUAAUCACAGGUGAUGUCCAGAUUAACCCUGAGGCGAACUGCUUAAUUAUGACGACGGAAAUUUUGCGUUCUAUGCUUUAUCGGGGUGCUGACUUGAUUCGCGACGUUGAGUUUGUUAUAUUUGAUGAGGUCCAUUAUGUCAAUGAUCAAGAUCGUGGUGUCGUAUGGGAAGAAGUUAUCAUUAUGCUUCCUCAACAUGUCAAAUUUAUUCUUUUAUCUGCAACUGUUCCCAACACUUACGAGUUUGCCAACUGGAUUGGAAGAACUAAGCAGAAAGAUAUUUAUGUUAUAUCAACUCCAAAAAGACCGGUUCCUCUGCAAAUCAACGUCUGGGCCAAGGGAGAGCUCAUUCCAGUAAUAAGCGAGAAAAGAGAGUUUUUGUUAACCAAUUUCAAGAAGCAUAAGGAGCUUCUUGCGGGAAAGUCAGCUUCUGCAGCUAGCAACGGGAGAGAUGAUCGUAACUCCAGGCCAAGCGGAAGAGGCAACAUGAUCAGAGGAGGCUCUAAAGUACGUGGUGGUUCACGUGGCGCAGGUGCUGUAGGUUCGAAUAAAAGUGGAUUUUUCAAAAGAAGUGUUCCUAACAAGAAGACGUGGCCUAAUCUCGUUAACUACCUGAGAUCCAAACAGCUCCUACCAGCUGUCAUUUUCGUCUUCAGUAAAAACCGAUGCGAGGAAUACGCUGACUGGAUGGAAGGAGUUAAUUUCUGUUCUGGCAAGGAGAAAUCUCAGAUACAUAUGUUUGUGGAAAGGUCAAUAACCCGUCUCAAAAAAGAGGACCGAGAGCUACCUCAAAUUGUUAAAAUGCGUUCUCUUGUGGAAAGAGGGAUAGCCGUUCAUCAUGGAGGUCUUCUGCCGAUUGUUAAAGAGCUUAUAGAAAUGCUUUUUGCAAAAGGUCUCAUCAGUGUGCUAUUUGCGACCGAGACGUUCGCUAUGGGAUUGAACUUGCCAACCAGAACUGUGGUUUUCAGCGAAAUUCAAAAGCAUGAUGGUAACGGUCUGAGAAAUUUGAAUCCUGGAGAGUUUACACAAAUGGCUGGGAGAGCUGGCCGGAGGGGCCUUGAUGACACAGGCACAGUAAUUGUGAUGGCUUACACAUCUCCUCUAGAGCAAGGCACAUUCAAAGAAGUUGCACUAGGUGUACCUACAAAAUUACAAUCGCAGUUCAGACUCACUUAUAACAUGAUCCUAAACCUUCUCCGAAUCGAGGCUCUGAGAGUAGAGGAAAUGAUAAAGUACUCCUUCAGUGAAAAUACAAAACAAACUCUAUUGCCGGAGCAAGAAAAGAAAAUCAAGGUUUUACAGUCAGAGCUGGACUCUAUACAGUUUGCUGACUGCGAGAACUGCGAAGUUGAUAUUGACAAGGCUUUGGAUGCUACAAUUAGAUACAGAAAAUGCACUGAGCAAAUCAUGAAAGAGCUUUCGGAUGGUGCGACUGUUUUCAGAUUGUUGAAUGUGGGUCGACUAAUCUUGUUCCGCGAUUUAGACGACAACGCAAAAUUAGGAUUCGUUUUCAAAAACAUUCAAAGGGACAAUAAUACCGUGGUUAUGACGAUAACAGCGCCGAACUGUCUCAAAGACGGGUCACCCAACCACCUACCAUACUUAUCUGGUUUUCCAAACUUUGUUAAGCGUAAUUUCCAAACUUUCAAAAGGAUUGACUAUAUUAUGGAAAACGUUCCAUUUUCUGACAUCGAAAUUAUCAGUGCUUUUACUUUGAAUGUUUCCAUGACUGACGUUAUGAAGCAAGAUGAAGACGCUCUCAAGAAAUUCAACGCGGAAGUGAGUCUAAUCUUAAAGAUCGCGGCAAAGCUUCGGGAGGUCACUUACGAAAAGAAGGGAAGUCUCAAAAUGUAUCAACUCGUCCAGGACAGGAACAAAAUUCGGGAUGAAUUUAAAACUUUCACUUGUUUGACGAGCGACAAAUUCGCUGAACAUUUCGUUCCAAAGUUCCGCGAAUUCCAAAUUCAAAGGGAGAUCAAAAACUUGUAUCAUCUCAUGUCUGAUCAAAAUCUCAAUCUUCUUCCCGAUUAUGAGCAACGCUUGUCGGUGCUCAAGGACACUGGGUUUAUCGACCAGAAUCACAACGUUUUACUCAAAGGUCGUGUUGCCUGCGAGAUAAACUCAGGAUAUGAGUUGGUUUUGACGGAAUUGAUCUUGGAUAAUUUCUUGGGAGAAUUUGAGCCAGAAGAAAUAGUUGCUCUGUUGUCCGUGUUUGUCUAUGAGGGAAGAACGCGCGAAGAAGAACCUUUGAUCACCACGCCUAGACUGACGCGAGGUAAGAAGAGAAUACAGGAAAUUUAUCAAAGAAUGUUGGAUGAAUACGAAAAAUUCCAGGUCCCACUUACGAAAGAAGAGGCCGAAUUCUUGGAGAAAAAAAGAUUUGCCCUAAUGAACGUUGUAUAUGAAUGGGCGCGCGGUCUCUCCUUCAAAGAAAUCAUGGAAAUGAGCGUCGAAUCCGAGGGUACAAUUGUGAGAGUGAUCACGCGACUAGACGAAGUUUGUCGUGAAGUUAAAACGGCUUCCAUUAUUAUCGGAGACUCGAGUCUUCACAUGAAAAUGUCUCAGGCCCAGGAGCUCAUCAAAAGGGACAUCGUGUUUGCCGCAUCCCUAUACUUGUGA